ACGAACGCGGGGAUGGAGGAGAAGGCAACAUGAUGCAUCGCUUUUUGCAUAAUAUAUGAUUGUUAUUGAUGAAGAUCAGAUCCAAUUUUAUGACCAAUUUAUGCAGAAAUCCAGUUAGCAUGGAGCAGGCCUUUCUUUUGGUUUUACAAGUAGUCUUAUGGCCCACUCUUGCAGCCUUGUUCACAGUGGAGGUGGACAGUCCAUUCCACGUGGCAGAGUUCCGCGGUGUAGUCACCAUGGGUUGCAGGUUCCAACCUGGGGGCCAGGGCCCAGACUUGUCAGUGAUAUGGCAUCGCAUCUGGCCUCCUCCAGUUGUGGAGGUGUACAGGCUGGAGAACAGACAGGAAGACCUCACUUCCCAGAAUCCCCAGUACCGUGGCAGGGUACGAUUGGUGACAGAAGAGAUUACCAAUGGGUGGGCCAAGCUAGAGGUGUCCAUGCUGAGGAUCAAUGACUCUGGGACCUACCAAUGCCUCGUGGAAAUGGCGGGAGCUGAUUACAAACAGACAACUUUGACUGUUAAAGCCUCCUAUAAAACUAUUGUUAAAAGCAUGAAGAGGCGUCGGGGAGAUGAGGUAGAGCUGGUCUGUGAGUCUGAGGGCUAUCCUCUGGCCACAAUGACCUGGAAAGACAGGAGUCUCGGGAACAUAAAGUCCAAUGACACCACUGUUAGAACUCCAGACCAGCUGUUCCAAGUCACCAGCACGAUAACAGUGAAAUCCUCUGAGAAAAACAACUACACCUGUGCCUUGGUGGAGGAAGGGGAAGUUCCAAAGGGUCCGUCAGCCAGGUUUGACAUCCCAGAUGAAAUAGACCUACCACUAGCAAUGCAUAGUAAAAGUAAAUGUGACACCCUUUCUAUUGCAUUGGGCACAUCACUGACAGUGGCCAUGGUCAUUGCUGCUGCCAUCUUUGGCUAUCGCAGACGGAGAGGGAGGCCCGGGGAUCCCAGCACCCCAAGCACUAACACCCUCCUGGCUCAGCAGAGAUGGGACCUGGACCCCUUUUAGUGUCUAGCAGCUUCAACUGGCCCUGGUGAUAAACUGUCGGAGGGUCAUACAGAUGACCUGCUCCAGGAGGUCAUAGAGAAGGAGCUUGUCAGGAAUGUGCUGGCGCUCCUCAUUGAGACUGUAAACUGUGUGCGAAUCACUGAGAGCACAAAAGGACUCAUGCACGCACGUACACUCACAUUGACUCUGUCAGAUAAAGUUGAAUCAUGUUACAUUUACUGAUACCUCAAGGGACAUGUUUUACGUUUCUAUGUUAACACAUUUCACGUUUGUUUUGAUAACAACAAACCACAGAUAAUUGUGCUUAUACCCAGUGGUGAUUUUAGCAUGCAAAUCUUGAUGGGGCAAAUGCCACAAUUUUUUUAAAUGCAUGCCAGAAAAGCCACAACGAUACACAACACUAAACAAUACAUUAAUUGCACUAUAACGGUGACAAACAGUGCCCACAAACUAUUAUGGCCUACAUAAAGCUGUCCCGACAGCAGAGCUUUGCUUCUGCACCAUGAGGUGAAUCCUUACCACACCUGGCUAUCAGUGCAGCCUCUUCCUGGCAGCGAAACAGUUCAUUCAGCCCCAUUUACUGACUUUUUAAAAACUUAGCUGAUAUGGCUGACUUUCUUAAACUCACCCCUUGUGGAUUUGCGUAAGUCGAUAAGAAUCUCAUUGUCCUUUUAAUGGUAACGAACUCCAUGAGUGUUGAAAUUUGAACCAUACACAAACAUUAUGACAUCGAUGUUCAGUAAACUCAUAAUGUUUGUUCUUAUCAUUAACACUUCAUUCUAAAUGCAAGCAGACGAGCUGCGACGAGGGAAGCCUUUCAGUUCAGCACUUUCAAAAUGGACACCAACAGAAAUUCAGAUCGUACGAGACAUGCAGUUAGCCUAGCAUUUGAAGUAUUUUAUUUGGCCUAUGUGGUCUAAAAAGGAAGAAAAAUACAAUCAUAGACAAUAUACCGACACACUGACAGCGCAAACAAAAUGACCCUUGCAAUAUAUACUGGAAAUAUACAUUAACUUUUUGUUGAAAACAAAUAUUUGAAUGGGAAGAGCACUGGCAAACAGCAGUUACAGACCGAAAAACAUUUUAUAGUAUCCCCUCCUCAUGAAGAAAAGCACAUGAGCUAAUUUAUGCAGAAGCAUACAUGAUGUUUAUGGAUUCACCAUUGAUUGUUGUGCUAUGCUCACUUGAACAGGAAGGUGGCACGGUGUUCCUUCUUGUGGGAAAAUUUUGUAAUCAAAGGUGCUUUCAAGACAACUAGCAACACUGACAAAAAAGAGGUUGAAUCAUAACGUCAGUGAUCUUCAGGUCGGAACUCUAGUUCCCGGCUUGGAAUUCUGAGUUGGAUGACCGUUCAGAAUGUAUUUUCCCAAUCUGAGCAUGUUUUUUUCUAAGUUUCCACUUGUCUUGAACUCACUGGAGUCUGAGAUUUCCCAGUUCCGAGUUUCCAGUUGUUUUGAACAUAGCAGAAGUCAUGCUGGAUUGACAGUAUGGACAAUGUAUUCAACCUUUUCUGGCCCAUGGUUUUGGAUGUGAAUGUUUAUCAUUUUAAGCUUGAAAAAGACACAAUUUCAGACAGAUGUUUUAAAUCCUUAACCCCAGACUUGGACCAUACACCCUGUCCACUGAAUAGCAGGCAGGGGAAGCAAAAUAGUGAUUGCUUUGCAACGCUUGCAGUUAGCCACUGAUUCCUUCCCAACCACUCGUUGAAUUUGCGAUUUCCGACUUGUUGUAUAAUGUUUAUGUCCAAUGGCCGUUUAGCACCGAUACAUUAUAUCUAUAAUUUAUCUUCAUAUGAAAAGGAUUUGACCAUACAUUGUCGAAGUGAUUCAUGAUGAUAACUGCUUGUCUAGCAUCUAGCUAAGAUUUUGAACGUAGCAUCAAUUCAAUCAAAGCUAUAACAUGAUUUGACAACAUUUUAUCUGUGGCCAAUGACCUUGAUCCUUCUUGGAUGGGCACUUCUAAUUUAAUCUAUAGCAGCACCCAAGGGGGCUAGAACUGCCUAGCUCUCCCUGUAGAUUCUGCAGCGACGUGGUGUCCCCAUGAGUGACAGAACACUGAGCCAAUCACGGCGCAACUAGAGAACAUUGUCAAUGCCUACGCUCUGUAUAUUCCUCUGGCUGCCCCUCCACCACAGAAAGCACUGAGAUUGGCUGAAACACUUGCAUUUUGGAGCUGCCUUACUCAAGAAACAAACCAUGUUUGUAGGCUGCUUUAUUAACUCUAUGUGACAUGAAUGAAUGACCUUUUUUUUAAAUUGCUUAACAGGUGGGGCUCAAAACAGGUGGGGCUCUGCCCCCUCCUGCCCUGGAUGACGGGUCGCCACCGCUAAUACCACAUUUACUUGCUGUAAAUGCUGUACCUUUACUACGUAUAAUACAGAGAUAAUUACAUGUUUAUGUAGAAAUGUCCCAGGUUGGGGGAUGAUAUUGAAAAACCAGUUCACCUCCAUGCUCACCAUGAAACUCCAGAAAGCAAAUGAGUGAUUUCAGCCACAGUUUUAGUAUUGCUCAUAUUAAUGCAGUUAUUUACAGUACCUCAAGGAUUUUAUGCUGUUUGAUCCUCAUUAUGAGUCUAACCAUUCGCUGACCACACAGUUUCAUUUUCAGUCCAAUGUACCAUUUCCUGUAAAACAAACUGUCUAAAGACAGCUGUGCUAAAGCAAGGAAAUGCUCUUGAUUUUCCCCACAAAAUAAAACAUUCAGUCAUCAAACGAA